CUGCAUAAAUACGAUGCUAGCAUUGCCACUCACAAAAUCAUUGAAGAUGACGCUUCGAGACAGCCGGGUUCACUGGGAAAAUCUCCUUCAUUACCUGCUCAGAAGAUGUUGGUGCAAAGGGGACCCGGAGCAACUGGAAGUGUUAUGAAGGUUGUGCGAGGCACGGGACCAGGUCAACAAAUUCUACGUGUUGUGAGACCAUUAUCGAGCGUUGCUGGAGGCGCAACUCUACCGACUGUUGUAAAACCAGGCCCUGGUGCUAAGACCAUUUUCUUGUCAAAGGGCGGCACUCAACAAAAGGUGAUGUAUGUACAAGGCGGUGUUCCUGUUGCUCCUCCUGGCGUGAUGUUGUCAAGAGCUGGAGUUGCUAUGACUGGUGGAGUUGAUCAGCAAGGCACACUGCCAAUCGCACCUCAUCAACAAUCCAGCAUAUCUACUCAGGGCACAACAUACACAGCUCCAUCAAAUUCGCGUCAAAAUGAUGAAGUAUGCCUGAUCCAUUUGCGGGCUUGA